GACACAGAUGCUUUGCCUCUGAGAAUGUUUGGUUGAAACCAGUACAAUUAUACCUUACUUCCUCCAAUGGAAAACCAGAUUCAUCGUCCAUGCGGCCGUUUUAUUGUUACAUAAGACUGGGAUAACUAAUCCUAGCCUUACAUACAAUGAAAUACAAAUGGAGUCGGCACUUCGCCUCCAUUGCUACACCCUCCCCCGCACACCCCUUCCCCUUCGCAUCCCUUCUUCCUUCCAUGCCGCAAAUCUCCAAUUCAGCUUCCGCCGUUCUCCUUUCUCCCCUGGUAAAGGCUUCAGGAGCUACCCGGCUAGGCAAAUCCUUGGUCCAAUAACUUGUGCUGCAGGUGGGUUUCGGACACCAUCAAGACGCAACAAAGCCAAUGACCACAACAUGGCUAAAAGGGUGGGAAGGGCGUCUUUCACUUUGGCUUGCGUUAUUGGAAUCAUCGGUUGCAGCUUUUGGGUGAAACAGGAAGUCAUGGCAGCUCGUCAAGUAGGGAAAGUUUCCUAUCAAAUGAGAUCAGCAGCCCGAGAGGGUGUGUCCAUGAGGCCAGAUUCUGCCACUAAGGCUAACCCUCAGUGCAAAUGCCAUAGAGAUCGACGUAUUGCUAUCCAAACGGGGUCGGAGUCGAAUACGAAUGCAAAUCUUCAGAAGUCCAAUUCCCAAGUUCCUGCAUCAGUCCCUCAAGCUCUUGAUAAGGUGGAGGAUCUGCCCCAAUCAAAAUUAGUGCCUCCGCAGGCCUCAUCUCCGCCCCAAGGUGGGGAAAGUUCUUCCUCAUCAAGUGUUAGUCGAGAAAGCUUACUUUCACAGAAUAAGGCGGAGGAGCAACUCAAACCUGAGUUGCAGGGGAAGACCAGUGAUGUAAAGGUCCCCCAAAUUGAUGGUAUAGUGGAGGAUUUGCUCCUAUCACUAUUAGUGCCUCCGCCCCAAGAUGGGGUACGUGCUUCCUCAUCAAGUGUUAGUCGAGAAAGGUUACUUUCAGAGAAUGAGGCGGAGAGGCACCUCAAACCUGAGUUGCAGGGGAAGACCAGUGAUGUAAAGGUCCCCCAAGUUGUUGCUAGGGUGGAGGAUUUGCCCGAGUCACAAUCAGUGCCUCAGCAGGCCUCAUCUCCGCCCCAAGGUGGGGAAAGGGCUUCCUCAUCAAGUGUUGGUCGAGAAAGCUUACCUUCAGAGAAUAAGGCAGAGAAGCACCUCAAACCUGAGUUGCAGGGGAAGACCAGUGAUGUAAAGGUCCCCCAAGUUGUUGCUAAGGUGGAGGAUUUGCCCCAAUCACAAUUAGUGCCUCAGCAGGCCUCAUCAACUGUUAGUCAAAAAAGCUUACUUUCAGAGGACCGGGCGGAGAAGCACCUCAAGCCUGAGGCUCAGGAAGAGUUGCAGGGCAAAAGCAGUGACGUAAAGGUGAAUUCAAGUAUGAGUGCAACUCAUUUCUCUCCAUCCCAAAGCCCUCAGAUUGACUCAGGCGUGGGUGCAGUCACUGCUUUCAACAAGGGCUCCUUAGCCUCUCCUUUGGUUUCCAUUACGUUCAAGGUAGAUCCUUCUCCCAUGCCAAGUCUGACGUUUGUUUCUCCUUCCACGAUCAUGCCAGUGGAACCAAGGCUUGAAAGGUCAAAGUCUGAUAGAGAUGAUGGGACCAAAGUGCUUGUACGAGGUGUACCAGUGUCUCCCUCCAUUGCACCUAUGGUUGAGGAAAUUUUUGCCGAGCAUGGAGACAUUACUGCAAACUGUCUCUUCAAGGAUCAAGCUUUCCGUGGUUAUCUAGUAGAGGGUUUGGUAACUGUAAUGCAACUAAUGCAAGAGUACCCAGCGCGAAAGCUGACUCAUCAUGAUUUUAGAUUUAUGUACAGAAAGCUAGAUGAUCUGGAGAGGGUGAAGGUGAAUGUGGGGUGGUUAAGGGAGCAAAUUGAGGCCUUAGGACCUUUUUUGAACGUGGUAGAAUAUAGAAGGAAGUGGGAGACGAUGGUAGCAGAGGUGGAGAAAAUGCGGGCCAAAUUCUCUGAACAAGAGGCAAAGUUGGCACAACAUGAAAGGGCACUGGCCCAGAAACAUAUUUUGGCACUACAUGAAGGGGCACUGGCCCAGAAACAUACGGAUAAAGAAGAGGUUGAGACUCAGGGGACCAUUGCCCAGAAACAUACGGAUAAAGAAGAGGUUGAGACUCAGGGAACCAAUGCCCAGAAACAUACGGAUAAAGAAGAGGUUGAGACUCAGGGGACCAAUGCCCAGAAACAUACGGAUCAAGAAGAGGUUGAGACUCAGGGGACCGAAAACUUAAAGAAGGAAGAUGAGCCUGAUGAUGAAGGGCUGUGGCAAAACCUAGGGACCCUUUUGCACGCUUUUGGAUUUGGCUCUUUGUUUUACUUGCUCUUUUUGUCUAAAUAAAAAAAAAAAGAACAAAAAAAAAAAAAAAAAAA